CAAAGUGCUCGCAAUGGCGACGUAAACAAACCUAAUGUUGAAUUAUGUGAAGGGAGUUUAGUCAUAGUACUCGUAGUUGUGGUUAUUGGAACAUUUAUUUUUUUAUACACAGAAUGUAACUGUUUCCCAUAAAUAAAACCAGAGAACAUGUCAUCGCCGUUAGGUCAAGCCAGUAAAUCCCAAACUGCUGGGUCUCAAGCUGGUGGGUCCUCAGCAAAAACUGGCCAACCUUUGCGACGGCGAAGAACUCGGAUGUUGAAUGAGAAGAAAAUAGCCGAUGAUGAGUUCAUGGCUGCAGCUAUUGGCGACGUGGAGUGGCUAAAACAAAGCAUUAAAGAUAACGGAAGACAAGUUAAUUUCGAUAAAAAUGGUUUAACAGCAUUCCAUCUUGCAGCCAUCCAUGGUAGAUUAGACUGUUUAAAACUAUGUAUAGAAAAAUUUAACUAUGAUUUAAAUCUGCCAAGUUCUACUGGUUGGAGACCAGUUCAUCUUGUUAUUAGCAAUCAGACUGGAAAAAGGGCAUUAAACUGUCUAAAAUAUCUCCUGGACAAAGGAGCUGAUCCAUCUGUUGCCAAUGAUGAUAUGAUAACUCCUGUACAUCAAGCUGCUAGUGAGGGGCAUGUACAAUGUUUAAAACUCUUGUUAGAAGCUGGUGCUGAUAUCAAUAGUAAAGAUUGUCGUGGUAAUACACCAUUAGAUUUAGCCAAAUUAUGGAGUCACAGAAAAUGUGGAAGGAUACUAGCGGCAGAAAUAUGGCAUCAAGAAAAAGAUUAUGUUGCCAAAGAGAUGAAUCAGUUACAGAAAGUAAAGAUGAAACAAGUCUUAAAGGAAUUAGAAGACGAAGAAGAAAGACAUACAGCUCAAGAAUUUUAUGGUCAACAGGCUUUUAAAGAUUGGUUAGCAACAAGAAAUCUGGAAGAGAAACCUGUCGGACCAAGUCCAAAACAUGAAUAUCAUUAUGAUGAUAGUGCACGACAUCCUCUAUCAAAACCAAAUAGUGUAGUUCCCAGUGGCAAAUCUCACAGUCUCAAGUCUGGCAAAAAUGAAUAUGGUCUAUCACCUUCUCCAGUGAAAGACAAGAUACCUCCUGCUUUUAAAAGAGAUCCAACUUAUAACACAGAAUACACUGAAGACUUUGAAGAUUAUGAUGAAGAAAUUCUUGAUUUUGAAGAUGGUAGAAAAAGCUGUACUUCUCCACUUAAAUUAUCACCAAGAAGCCAUAGGAAAAAAUUAACAUUAAUUCAGCAUCCUAGUCCAUGGAAUAUAUCCACGAAGGCUAAAGAGGGGGAUUACAUUCCGAUUCUCAAAGACGAAUACCCAAGAGAUGAAUUUACACUGAUGCCUAAAACCAAACCAGAACAGAAAUAUUAUGAUGGUAAACAUGCUAAACCUGUAGACGUCACUGAAGAAAACAAAACAAAAAAGAAAACCAACUCUGGCAAAACUCGGGCUAUUGAUCUCCCCCAAGAUGUUUUAGACAAAGUGUUAUCCCGAGACCCUUCCAUUUUAGAAAGACCAAUAUUAUUUAAACCAAAACAUGUUAUUGACUUGCCAGCUAAGAAGAAAUUAGACUUUGAAGUGAAACCAAAAGAUGAAGUCUCAUUGCAUCUAUGUAGUGAUGUAACUUCAAUACUGUUUAAAAAUAGCCUCAAAAUUCCCCUGUCCCAUUCUGCUAAAAGUAGUUCGUCAAGCAGUAGUGAAAAUACUGAUUGGAGGAACCAAAAUUUCCCUCGGUCAAUGGUGGCUAAUGCCCUGAAACAAAUGUCAAAAGCCAACCGUUUUCCUAAAUCAAGUGGUCAAGAAUAUGAAAUUAAUUUUGGGGAAUUAAAGGGAAUAUAAAAAGAAAAAAAAAGGCCACUGAAGUUAGAGAAUAAAAUUGACAUUUUAAUUAUUGCGCUAUUGAAAUAGGUAUAGAUUGUGCUUAGAUUAGCUUAUACGAGACAUUUUAUUUAUUGCCAUUGUUCAUAUGAUAUUAACUUAUUCUGUUUUUGUUUCAAAUCGAUCUUGCCUAAUGUAAAUAUGUUUUUUAAGAAAACUAAUCCAGUCAUUAUGUCAGUCAAUCUAAAUAUAAUAUAUAGACAAAUGUUAUAAAAAUAUCUGCAGUGAAUUUGAAUCUACAAAAUAAAUACACUGUUUUUCACUAGACUUUUUUUUUCAUAGACCAGACUUAGGGACCAGUAAGCUUAGGUAGGAUUUUCCAUUAUGACUAACAUCUCAGACAUUUCUUUUCACCGAAUAGUGAACCAAAUAGGCACAAAGAAUUAUGGAAGUUAAUAGAAAUUUACACAGAAAUGCAGUUUGGAAAAUUUCACUAGAUUGAAUCUCUAUCUGCCCCCAAAUCAAACUUCAGAAUUUGGCAUGCCUGUCUCCCAAUGUAACACUUGCAUGCCACCAGACAAGGCAAGUUUGUCAAGUUAUUGCAUGGUGGGACAUAAGACUGCAUUGAUAUGUAAAAGUUUCCUUGAAAAUUGAACAGAAAAAUUGCUGUUAACAGCAUAAACUCUCGCCGGGGCAUUCAUAACCAGGGGCUGUAAAUUCCUAUUUGACAGUCAGAAUUAGAUGACCGAAGUACUGUGUUGACAGACAUUUAAAGUCCAUUCCAUUUCGUCCCUGGUAUGGUGAACCUUGCUGUAGUAGAAAUGUAGUGUACUAUUAUUAUAUGCCUUAUUUAGCCAAAAACUGUAGCCAAAAUGUGAUAUUUGUUAAAUUUAUACUACCAGUAUGUAUUAAUUAAUGUUAACUUUUUAUUAUAUUUAUGAUUGUAUUUUAUUAAUAAAUUAUUCAUAGGUA